CUUUUUCAGUUCUGAAAAAAAUGGCAUCACCAUGUGAUGCAACCCCAGAACAGGAUCUAAAACGUAAAAUGAAGUCUGAAUUUAAAACUAAAAUAAUACCAUCUCUAGUAAUAUGUCAUCUGGACAUUAACAGUCUUUCAGAAGAAGAAGAGUCGAGAAUUGAAGCAACAGAAAAACAGCAUGGAGCCCAUAGUGCAGCCUCAGAAUUGCUGGAUAUUCUGUUUCGUAAAGAUGACUGGUUUAACAAGUUAAUCAAAGUUCUCAGAAAAAAGGAAGUCAGACUAAGUCAUGUUGCAGACGUAUUUGAGAAAAUAAAAGCACAAGUUGAUUCUGACUGGAAAAGUAGCUUUGCACCAUCAAGGGCAUCUCCCUUAACCCAGACCAAUGGAUCUACAGUGAAUACAUUUCAGUUUGGAAACCCUCCGCAACAAACCAGGAACAGUAACUAUGAAAGAGAUGCAGGACGUCAGAAGCAUGUACAAAUACCUCUGAGGAAGUCGAGAAAAACUAAGGACACACCAGAUGACGAUGUGUAUGAUGAUGUUGUAAGCAUGCCAGACAAGGUAAAUACACUCGUUAUGGUAUCUGAUGAUGUUGGAAGCAUGCCGGACAAGGUAAAUACACUCGUUAUGGUAUCUGAUGAUGUGAGCAUGCCGGACAAGGUAAAUACACUCGUUAUGGUAUCUGAUGAUGUUGUGAGCAUGCCAGACAAGGUAAAUACACUCGUUAUGGUAUCUAAUGAUUCUAUAAGAAUGCCUGACAUGGUAAAUACACUCGUUAUGGUAUCUGAUGAUGCUGUAAUCAUGCCUGACAAGGUAAAUACACUCGUUAUGGUAUCUGAUGAUGCUGUAAGCAUGCCUGACAAGGUAAAUACACUCGUUAUGGUAUCUGAUGAUGUUGGAAGCAUGCCGGACAAGGUAAAUACACUCGUUAUGGUAUCUGAUGAUGUGAGCAUGCCGGACAAGGUAAAUACACUCGUUAUGGUAUCUGAUGAUGUUGUGAGCAUGCCAGACAAGGUAAAUACACUCGUUAUGGUAUCUAAUGAUUCUAUAAGAAUGCCUGACAUGGUAAAUACACUCGUUAUGGUAUCUGAUGAUGCUGUAAGCAUGCCGAACAAUGUAAAUACACUCGUUAUGGUAUCUGAUGAUGCUGUAAGCAUGCCUGACAAUGUAAAUACACUCGUAUCUGAUGAUGCUGUAAGCAUGCCGGACAAGGUAAAUACACUCGUUAUGGUAUCUGAUGGUGCUGUGAGCAUGCCGGACAAGGUAAAUACACUCGUUAUGGUAUCCGAUGGUGCUGUGAGCAUGCCGGACAAGGUAAAUACACUCGUUAUGGUAUCCGAUGGUGCUGUGAGCAUGCCGGACAAGGUAAAUACACUCGUUAUGGUAUCCGAUGGUGCUGUGAGCAUGCCGGACAAGGUAAAUACACUCGUUAUGGUAUCCGAUGGUGCUGUGAGCAUGCCGGACAAGGUAAAUACACUCGUUAUGGUAUCCGAUGGUGCUGUGAGCAUGCCGGACAAGGUAAAUACACUCGUUAUGGUAUCCGAUGGUGCUGUGAGCAUGCCGGACAAGGUAAAUACACUCGUUAUGGUAUCCGAUGAUGUUGGAAGCAUGCCGGACAAGGUAAAUACACUCGUUAUGGUAUCUGAUGAUGUGAGCAUGCCGGACAAGGUAAAUACACUCGUUAUGGUAUCUGAUGAUGUUGUGAGCAUGCCAGACAAGGUAAAUACACUCGUUAUGGUAUCUAAUGAUUCUAUAAGAAUGCCUGACAUGGUAAAUACACUCGUUAUGGUAUCUGAUGAUGCUGUAAUCAUGCCUGACAAGGUAAAUACACUCGUUAUGGUAUCUGAUGAUGCUGUAAGCAUGCCUGACAAGGUAAAUACACUCGUUAUGGUAUCUGAUGAUGUUGGAAGCAUGCGGACAAGGUAA